UACAUACGUAGCUUUAUACCCAUACUUCAUAUAAAACCUUUGAUAAAAAAGGUGUCAUCCAUACAUACAUACCUCGCCCAACAAAUAAAAGUUUCUUUGAUAAAUCUCACUCCCACAUUCCAUUCAAACUUCCUUUACAACUUCACAACUUACUCAUCCAAAGACAUCGAAAUCGAAAUAUCACAACGCAGAAACCAUGGAAACGGUAAAUAAUACGGUUAAUAAUAUCGCAGCAGCUGCUUCGAAAGUUAUUUGGGGUGAACCUCAGGAAACUACUGAUGCAGCGAAUGCAACGGUGGUGCCGGAAACGAAGGGGACGGAACCGAUUAGUGGGGAGAUGGGUGAUACACUGAAGGGAGAACCUUAUGAUAAGGGAAAUUUAGGUUGGCUGUCCCUUCUUUUUGUUUUUCUCUUUGUGCGGUGAUGUGGAUGUGGAUGAGGAUGAGGAUGAGGAUGAGGAGGAGCGAAGAAGAGAUGAAAUAAAUGAGAUAAAUAAACAGAUGGACAAACUAACACACAACCACUAGAUUCCACCAACACCGACCCAACAACCACAAACACAAGCACAAGCAUAAAAUCCACCCCCACCACCACCCUAUCACCCCCAGGCCAAGCCGCGCAAACCAUCGACCCCUCCCGCGCCUCCUCCACCUCGGACAUCGUCGCAAAAACCCUCUCCGAUACUCAUAUUGCGCCUCUAUCAUCCGAAAACCCCUCUACGACCAGUUUCAAAACUUCUUCUGAGAAACCGUUAAUAUCAGCUGAGAAGCCUUUGAUUUCUGAGAGGAUUAAUCCAAAUUUACCUCUUCGGUCGGAGAAUCAGUCGGCUCGAGUAGGAGGUGCGGAGACUUUGGGUGCGCAGAGUGGGGAUGUUGUAUCUACUGCAGCUGGGGAGAAUAAGGGAUUAACUCCUGGAAGUGGAGUUGGAGUUGGAGAUGAUAAACCAAGUAGCACAUCUAAUGAGCAAGAUGUAAGAACGGAUUUAAAACCCGUGAGCCCAGACACCAAAGCGAAUGUCGCUGCAGAAACACAAGAUAAAAAAGAAAAACACAUCACGACAACAGGAACCGCGGCCGAGGGAGGAAAUUUCGAUGCUACCAAACCCGGUGCGGGAAUCGAGGCAGAUAGAUUAUUGGGGAAGGAUGGGAAGACGGAGAAGAUGGAUGCGGGGGUUAGUGGGGGGACGGUGGGGGUACUUCGACUGCUGAUGAUGAGGGGGUAAGUGGAUUGAGUGAGCAGGGUGGUAGUGAGGAGGAGCAUGAUCAUGAGCAUGGGGAGGGAAAGAAAGAGGGAAAAUUGGCGCAUUUGAAGGAGAAGAUUAAGGAGAAGUUGCAUAAGCAUUAGGGGUUGAGGUUGAGGUUGGAUGGAUAGUCAUGGGUGGAGGUGUGAAAGAUGUUGCUCUUGACCUUGGAUUCGGUGCUAGGUUUAUUCUCUUGUUUGGCUUGGGAAAGUUUAUUUAUUUCAUGUGAUUACGAGUAUGUGUUAUGAUGUUAUGAGCUGAGCUGAGCGGAGCGGACAAUUUAUGAAGAUUUGGAAUUUUUGACUUUUGAACUUUUAGCGGGAUAGUGAAAUAAAAUGAAGUUUGAUAUGCUCAUCG